CUUCUGCUUGUUGGAGUUUGAGAGUCUAAAGUUCACAGAGACACUCCUCUUACUGAAUUGUAGAAAAACUGGUUCCCCCUCCCUCGUCUCUCUCACAGCUCACUCCACUCUGCACUCUCACUUCCUUGUUCCCUUCCUUCCUUGCUCCCUCCCCCUCAGACCUACAGUCUUGGUUGGGUGUAACCUCCGUGUGCUGAGCUGAUCCUGCUGACUCACACCUGUCGUUGAGAUCAGAGCUCAGACUAGUUUCACUUCUCAGGAAAUAAAACUCAGUCAGUCGUCGUCGACAGCGAGUGUUGAAAUGGCGCAGAAAGGAGUUCAUCUGGACCGUGGGUCUUUCUCUUGUUCCAUCUGUUUGGAUCUUCUGAAGGAUCCGGUGACUGUUACCUGUGGACACAGCUUCUGCAUGAGCUGUAUUCAAUCCCACUGGGAUAAAGAGGAUGAGAAGAAGAUCUACAGCUGUCCUCAGUGCAGAGAGACUUUCAUACCGAGGCCUGUCCUGAAGAAAAACACCAUGUUAGCAGGUUUAGUGGAGGAAGUGAAGAAGAGCGGACUCCAAGCUGCUCCUGAUGGUUCCUCUGAGGCUGGACCUGAAGAUGUGGCCUGUGACGUCUGCAGUGGGAGAAAACUGAAAGCUGUCAAGUCCUGUCUGCAAUGUCUGGCUUCUUACUGUCAGAUUCACCUCCAGCCUCAUUUUGAAUCUCCUACAUUUAAGAAACACAAGCUGGUGGAGCCCUCCAAGAAGCUCCAGGAGAACAUCUGCUCUCGUCAUGAUGAGGUGAUGAAGAUCUUCUGCCGCACUGAUCAGAAGUCCAUCUGUUCUCUCUGCUGUUUGGACCAACACAAAGGUCACGACACAGUCUCAGCUGCAGCAGAAAGGACUGAGAGGCAGAAAGAUCUGGAGGAGAGUCGAGAAAACAUCCAGCAGAGAAUCCAGGACAGAGAAGAAGAUGUGAAGCUGCUCCAACAGGAGGUGGAGGCUAUCAACGGCUCUGCUGAUAAAGCAGUGGAGCACAGCCAGGAGAUCUUCAGCCAGCUGAUCCGUCUGAUGGAGAAACGCCGCUCUGAGGUGGAGCAGCAGGUCAGAUCCCAGCAGGAACGUGAAGUGAGUCGAGUCAAAGAGCUUCAGGAGAAACUGGAGCAGGAGAUCACUGAGCUGAAGAGGAAAGACGCUGAUCUGCAGAAGCUCUCACUCACAGAGGACCACAACCAGUUUCUGCACAGCUACCCCUCACUGUCAGAACCGGGUCAACCUGCAGACUCAUCCAGAAUCAACAUCCGUCCUCUGAGAUACUUUGAGGAGGUGACAGCAGCUGUGUCAGAGGUCAGAGAGAAACUCCAGGAUCUUCUGACAGAGACGUGGACAAACGUCUCACAGGCAGUGACUAAAGUGGAUGUUUUACUGUUAGAACCACCAGAACCAGCAGAACCCAAGACCAGAGCUGGUUUCUUAAGAUAUUCACAAAGAAUCACACUGGAUCCAAACACAGUAAACAGACGACUGUUAUUAUCUGAUGGAAACAGAAGAGCAACAAGGACAGAAGAAGAACAGUCUUAUCCUGAUCAUCCAGACAGAUUCACUGGUUAUUAUUUUCAGGUCCUGAGUAGAGAGAGUCUGACUGGACGUUGUUACUGGGAGGUGGACUGGAGAGGGGACGGGGUUUGGGUAGCAGUCGCAUACAAGACUAUCAGGAGAGACGGGAACUCAAAGGAUUGUUACUUUGGAGAAAAUGACAAAUCUUGGAUGUUAGUCUGUUCUAAAGACAGUUAUAGAUUUAAGCACAACAAAGUCUUCACUGAUGUCUCAGGUCCUCUGUCCUCCAGAGUAGGAGUGUACCUGGAUCACAGAGCAGGUAUUCUGUCCUUCUACAGCGUCUCUGAAACCAUGACUCUCCUCCACAGAGUCCAGACCACAUUCACUGAACCUCUACAUGCUGGACUGUGGUUAGGCCUUGGAGACUCUGCUGAGUUUAUAGAAGUGAAAUAAAGAGAAUUUUGAGUCCAUCAGACCAAAAUCAUGGACUGAGAUCCUUGAACUCUUGAAAUGUUCUGGUUUGUAAAUGUUUGUGGAUCAGUCUCACCAAAAACUCUGGGUUUAGUUCUUCAUUUCAGCUUUUUCAGUCUUUUCUAAAGAUGCUGAUUUGGUCGCAGCUUUAAGGACAGUGAUUGUGGAGAACUUUGAUUGUUUGUAUUUCUCAUGUUGAAAAAUCUUCAUCAAGUUUGAUAUCAACAACAUCAAGAUGAUGGUUUGUUCAAAUCACCUUCAGUUGGUGCAGAUGUUGAAGGUCUGAGACUUUAGACUGAGAGACUUCCUAAUGAUUUUAAAAGCAAACUGAAAACUUAUUUUUUCUUCUUGCUUUUAACUAAAUUUUUUAUAUCAUAAACUCCGUUAAGUGUUUUAGCAUUUAUCUCUUCUAGUUUUAAUCACAGGAUUGUCUUUUAUUGAGCUACUUUGGUGCUCUUAUUUUAGUAUCUUUUACUGUUGUUUUUAUUUCAUUUCAUUUAUUAUUUCUUAAAUUUCAUUCAACAUUACUUUGUUUUUAGAUUUUAACAUAAACCUCCAGUGUUUCCUUAUCUUGGGUUUUAAAAUGAUGUUUCCUCUGUUUCCAAGUCCUUUUUAAGUUCAUGCAUUUUAAUACUGUUUCUGAUGCAUUAAGAUCGUGGGACGGGAAUGAGGGGUUGGGCUGAGGUUGAUUUGUGUAUUUUUUUGAUCUUGAGUUUUGGUAGAUUUGGGUUUUCUUUGUUUCUUUUAUUCGUUUUUCUGUGUAAAGCACUUCGUACUAUAUGUUGUGUAUGAAAAGCGCUAUAUAAAAUUAGACAUUGAUUGAUUGAUUGAUUGAUUGAUUUAGAAAAAAGUGAGGUCAAAAUCACAGAAAGAUGAAAAAGGACGACCUUAUUUCCUGUCCCAAAUCCAAGCGUCUAAAGUCUUUCUAGUCGUCCCCAAAAACUCUUCAGAUGAUCUGUUUCUUUCUCUGUUUGCUGAAUAUUUGUGUUCAUGUGAUCGAUGGAUAUUUCUGUCUGCUUCUGUUGGAUCAGUGUGUUUGUAAAGACAUCUAGAAUCAGACUUUGGACAGAUCUACAUGUUGUUAUGAGCUUUUCAAUCACUCUAAUAAUAAUAAUCACAUUUAUUAGUCCGACUGUUUGGAUGUUUCUGACUCAGCUCAGAUUGUGGUCAAGUCUCUGAUUGUGGGUAAAAAAAUCAUAAAAAUCCUCAAACUGAGUCACUGAAAUCACCUCGUCUGUUUGUCUUUAUUGUGUCUGUUUCUGCUGGAUGUCAUGUUACCGCUCCGUCUGGGUCAUGGAUCCAUGUGGUCUUACAUGUCCCAGAUGUGAGUCCUGCAGCUGGAUCAGGUUUUCUGUAGAGGACAAAGACAGGAGGCAGGUUGUGUGUCUUUUUGAUUUGAUGUAACCAGACUAGUCCUGUUGAGAUCAUCAAUCUCUUUUUCAACCUUGACUGGGCCCCAUUUGUAAUGAUCUGAAGUAUUUAUCUGCAUUAUAUCUGAAUUUAAUUGGAACGAUACGAGCGAGCAGGAGCGUCUGUUUGUGGGCGGGGCUUGAGAGGGCGAGGAGGAGCUGAGGGGAAAACUGGUUUGGAGGGGUAGAGUUUACAUUCAAGAUUUCUCCUAAAAACUGGAACUUCCUCAGAUCCUGACUACAACACCUUUAAACAGGAACAUGUUCUCUGAUUAAUAUUUAGCACAAAUCAGAUGCAAAAAUAUCAUAAUUGAGAAUUUAAAGACCUGAUCAGCUGACAGAGAAGGACGCGUCUGAUGGUGAAAUGAAAAAACUCUCUGUAUAAAACACACACUUAAACUGAACCGAGUUCUCGGGGCAGAGUCUCAAAUUUGACGUCCACUGUGGAUAAAAUUCUUCCUGAUGACCUUCAACAGAUCAUCUGACAGUAACAGGAAACUCAACAACCAGAGAGACUGUAACUCAUGUUUUCACCUCUCAAUCACAUCGAAUGGUUAAUAAACGUAAAGCACUUUUUAAACGAAAAACACAGACAGUUUUUUCUAGAUCUGAACUGCAGCUAACAGACUGAUUUGUCCCUCACAGAGUCAGGAAUGACACGUCUACAUUUGCUCAUCUGUAUCCGUGUGAUUUCAAACUCUCUUUGUGGAUCAAACUAUAAAAACAUUAUUUUAUUAGUUUCAUAUUUCUCUCAUCUCUUCUUUCUCUCGUCUUGUUGUCUGUUUUUUUGGAUUCUCUGUUGUAGGUUUAUAUGGAGCAGUUUUGUCUUUAAUCGCUUUAAAUUAGGGAUAAUUUUUACAAAUAAAACCCUGAGAAUCAAGAGAACAGAAUUUUGACCACGGUCAGACAUGCAGCAGAUACCAGGUCACGAUUAUCCUCUUUAUUUUCCGUCACUUUAUGGUUUUAUUUUCUUCUUGUGUUAAAAAAGGUUUAAUUUUAGUUUUGCGUGUUUGUACUCGGCAGGAAACACCUGCUGUAAGUGCAGUUCCACAGUUAGUCAGCAGGUGUCAGUAAAGCUCCACCAGUCAGAUCCACAGCAGCUGUUCAGCCUGCAGAGAAGGAGGAGAGGAGCUGGAGGAGAGGAAGGAAAGAGAAGGAGGAGGAGAGGAAGAGGAAAGAUAAGGGGUGAAAGAUGGAGGGAUGCACUAACAGAGGAUGAAGAGUGGACUCUGUUUCCACUCCAUUGGUGGAAAAGCAGUUUAUUGGCAAAUGUCUGCAGUUUUUUCACUUCAAGAGGAACUUUGUUUAUUAGCUUAAAAGCAUCCAGAUUGAACUUUGUUUACGUCUUAAACUCUUUCCUUCUUUUCUUCAUGGAGGAUGUCCGGAGAGACUUUUCUGUGCCCUAAAAAUUGCAUCAACUUGGAGGUUUAAAUGUGAUUUUUACUGCAAUGGAACUAAAAAAAGCUUUUAUUUUUUUUUUUUACAGUGUUUCAUCAGUUACAAAGGAAUUUAAAAGAGUGCUUAAGAGGCGUUUUUCUCUGAGUUUUAAAUAGUUAAACUCGUCAAACACAGACAUGCUGAUUGAAUUUAAAAUAAAAAAUGACCAAUCAGAGCUGAGAAGGGGCGGGCCUUUUCAGAGUGUCUGUCAACAACAAAGGCCCUAAACCCUAACUCCCAUAUGUGGUUUCUCUAUAUAACUGUCUAUGUAAUGAGCUCAGUAAUUUCGGACACUACAUGGCGCUCUGUUGUGACAUCACUGCUCAGACCGCCGCAUCUGAAGUUGCGUCUUUUGUUUUCACAUCUCUUGAAUUUCAUGAUGUUGUGUAGAUCGAUUUUUUUUCCAGGAUGUUCAUGAAAUAAAAAAAAUUAUGAUAAAAAAAAAACAAUAAAUUAAUAAUUUAUUUAAAAGGCCUUAUAUUUUCAGGCUGAAUUUUGCUGCUGGAGAUGCAAUGCAUGAUGGGAUGCCCACCACCGGUGAGUGACCAUCGGAUGGUCACUACAUUUUGCAAUGCUCUAUGGGAAAUUUUGAGUCGCCAAAUGGGGCUCUGGAAUUGAUCACUGAGGUUCCGGACACCCCUCAAAAUGGCGCUAACUCCCAUUGGCUAACAGCCAAUGUCUUGGUCCAUGUAGGAGUGACUUUACCUGAUUUUCAAGGUCCUUUUCAAGGUCAUAAUCACAGAGAGGAAGAGGAAGAGAUGAGGGGAAAUAUUAAUGACUAACGAAUAAGUAACGAGGUCAUUAAUUUUAACUUUAUAUAAUAAUUGAAUAAAGUUUGUAAUUCCAUCAUUUAAAGUUAAUUGUUUAAAAAUCACUUUAUAAAUAAGUUAAAAAUGUAUCUGAUAAGAUUUUAAUUCUUUCUAAUGAGAAAAAAUGUCUUUAAUCUUUGAGUCUGAGCUCUUAACGAGUUCAGAGGUUGAAACGGCCAAUCACAGGCUGAGCUGGUUAACGAGCAGCAGUGGGCGGGGCCUGAAAAGACAGGCGGAUGGAUGUGUGUGUGAGCGGUGUUGACAGGGAGCAGAAAAUGAUGAUUUAGUAUGGAAGCUUUUAUUCACGCCGUGUCCCCGCUGAAUAAAGAUCAAAUUAGAGGUUUAUGAGCCGGGCUGUCUGUCCUGACGUUUAUAUGAGCUCUGCACUCGCUCGCUCUGAUUUAUGUUUACAGCCGCGCAGGAGGGAGGAAAUAAAUAUAUAAAAGGAAGAAAAACAAAUGAAUUGGGCUUGGAUCAUAUUCUAAUGCUCUGCUAACAGCAGCACUCACGCACAGAGGGAUGAUGGGAGAUGGAGUUAAAGGUGAGGGAUUCAAUAAGAGAAAAACCUCACAGGUGUUCGAGCGUCUUUAGAUCGGACUCGACACCGAGAAACAAAAAAAGAGCUGAAAACUGCUUCACCUUCAUGAACACGUUAACUUUAAGUUGAUUGGAUAUCUAGUUGAUCUAAAAGUCGGCAACUUUCAGGUCCGAGUCCACUCAGAUUCAUCUCUGUCACCCUAAAGAAAAGUGUGUAUCCUUUACUCAAAGACUCAAACAAACCGACACGAUUUCAACGGAAUUUUAACACACGGCAUUGGCCUCCACUGGUCGGGCCUCCUCGCUCCCUGCUGUACUGUAAUAUACAGUCAUCUCUAGAAGUGUGUUAAAUGUUGUAGAUGACUGCUGUCAGUUAAAGUGUGUGACUGUUUUUUAAAACAAGGAAUAAAAAUUCAAUCUGCUUCUUUUUGUGGUGAGCGCCAGAUUUUAGGGCUCUCAACAGUCUGUCUUCCUGACAGGAUUUUUUCCCCCUUUCGGCCCCCUCUACCUGCACACCUGUUAGCAAGUAGCUUAGCUGACUGCUGUCUGAGAAGAAGACUGUCAGAGGACCCCCUGAAAAAGCCCCCAAACCAGGAGAGACUGUUUUCAGUCUCAGGGAGUUGUGUCCAAAAAAAAAAAAAAAAAAUCAGCUUUUACGGAGGGGGCUGUACUUUGAAAACUGCAAGGGGGCAGUAGUGAGCUGAUUAUCCAAAACCAUUACAAUGACAAAUCUUUCACUCAGUUUAAGUUUUUUUAAAUGGACUCUAAGAAAACAGAAAUAAGCAGCAAAGAUAUAAAAUAACAAUCAUAAUCUUCUGGAUUACAGUCGAGUCCUCAGACUCUUGUUAGCACCAGCUAGCAUGUUGUUCAGAUCUUGAUAGCAAACUUUGUUUUCUCUAAUCCUCCAGUGAUGGGUCAGAUUAGAGUCUUGUGUGUUAGCUUAAGCAACCACAAACUGAGACUUGGAGUUUCUGGCUUUCUUGACUCUGUAAACACACAGGAAGGAGCAGAACAGCUGUUGGAGUGGGCGGGGUUUUGGAAGCAUGCACAUGUCAAUCACUCCUGUCGUGACAUCACCACAGGAGCCGAUUAAAACCACUUUGUAGAAGCUAUGAAGGCAGAGAAUCGUGAAGUAAAGAGCAUUUCACAUGGAUAAAAAAUAAAUAAAUAAAUAAUUAUAAUUACAAUAAUAACAAUAAAAAAUAAAUAAUAAUAAUAAUAAUAAUAAUAAUAAUAAUAAUAAUAAUAAUAAUAAUUAUUAUUAUAUUUAUUGUUAUUAUUAUUAUUAUUAUUAUUAUUAUUAUUAUUAUUAUUAUUAUUGUUAUAUAUAUAUAUUUAUUGUUAUUAUUAUAAUUAUAAUAAUAACAAUAAAAAUAUAUAAUAAUAAUAAUAAUAAUAAUAAUAAUAAUAACAACAACAAUUAUUAUUAUUAUAUUUAUUAUUAUAUUUAUUAUUAUUAUUAUUAUUAUUAUUAUUAUUAUUAUUUAUUUUUUAUUGUUAUUAUUAUAAUUAUAAUUAUUUAUUAUUAUUUUUUUUAUCCAUGUGAAAUGCUCUUUACUUCACGAUUCUCUAAGAAAUCGAAGCAAGACUUAUUUUUAUCUUACUGUAUAUUUAACACAGAUCUACAUGUUGCAUGAAAAUGUCUUACACAUCGAUUUCCAACGACUGAUUCCUCACAAACGCUCCAAAUACUCGCCAUCAUAUCACAACAAACGAGCACUUACAGUGUUCAUUCAUGAGAAAAUGAUCCAUCUGAGCUAAAAACCACCAGAGGACAAGAACCACAUCUGAGAGCAGGGCUCUAAAACCUGCAGCCACAUGAUGGCAGUGAAGCUCUGUGAAUCUGAACGAGAGAGAGAGAGAGAGAGAAAAAACAGUAUUUGUCAUAAAAGGUGGUGAGAGAGAAAGAGGAAGAGGAGGAGGAGGGGGAGGAGGAAGGGAAGAGGCCUGCGGAGCAUCCAUAAUGUAUGUGAUCAGUCAGAGAGAAACACUGGAGGAAGAUGCAUAUUUACAGGGGUUAUGAUACUAAUGAUGACACAGAUGCUGCUGCUGCUGAGGCCCACAUGAACCGACUGAGAGGGAGAGAGAGGGGGAGAGAGAGAGAGAGAGAGGGGGAGAGAGAGAGAGAGGGUGCCACCUGUCCGUCACUCUCACAGAUAAAACAGACAGACAGAAGCUGAAAUAUCACCUGAUCCUCCUUCUUUCUGUCAGAGUCUCACGGUCAGAUUUAUUCCAACAAACCAAUCAGGAUCAGCUGAUGAUGGCGGGAUCAGCUGAUGAUGGCGGGAUCAGCUGAUGAUGGCGGGAUCAGCUGAUGAUGGCGGGAUCAGCUGAUGAUGGCGGGAUUAUACUGUAUUCGAGUUACCUCAGAAGUCAGAAGUCUGAGCUGACGUCGCUCCCGAGUUUCAGUUACCAAGUCGGAAAAAGGAAAAUCAGAGGCCUGAAACAAGAUGGCUACAUGAACAAAAGUUAUCUUAGCGCUUUCCUUAUAUUCAGAAAAGGCAAGAGCUAAAAUAACUUUCAUAGAUGCAGCCAUCUUGUUUCCACUUCCAAUUUUGCUUUUUCCAACUCGGUCACAGAAACACUGGGAACUCGGGAGUGACGUCAUUUUCAGCUCAGACUUCUGACCUCCGAGGAAACUCGAACGCAGCAUUAUUUCACCUCAUCCUGGUGCUUUAAACAAAUACUGAUCCAGAUUCUAGUUCUCUUUAAUCGGAGAAAAAACAUCCUGACGUCAGAGUUACUUAGUGCACCUUUACUCCUCCUGCUGUAUUUAGAGUUUUAACAGCAUAUUUACCUCUGUCUGUUCACACUGUGGUAAAAAUGUUCUGAUCCGACAGAGGAGGUGAAUAAGGACAGUUUUCUGCACAGAGGUGGAGUCAGAGGGAUAGAUUUGUAUUUUAGCUGCGUAAAUCGAACUUCGAUCCCUGAAUUCACCUUUAAAAUGUUUAUUUUGUUUGUGUCUCAAAGUUUCCCAGCGGGUAGUUAAAGGAUAAUUUGAAGUGAUCAGGUGGUUCUGAGAGUAAACUUCAUGAUUUAUUCUGAUGGUUUUCCAGUCGUCACUUUGACUUUGUGUUAAAAAUGCUCUGAUCGAGAAGCUGGACACCACCGUGUGAGGAGAUCUUCUUCUGAUCUUCUUCCUCUGCUGAACCCACAACCUGCUCGUCUCCUUCUGUGUGAACCGUGAACCGCGUUUCCUGUUUUAUCUGUGGAGACGUACUGACGGCGCCUCGCUCUGACCUCGCUUCCUUCAUGUUUCCUGACAGAUAGAAAACGCCCGCAGCUGCUGCCGACUAUCUGACAACUGUGAGUGAAAAAGGGUUAAUUGUGGACGUGUUGAAGGUGUGCACAACUCCUGAAACGUGUCGUGUUUAUCUCUAUAUGCAGCUCGGCUGAUCUUUUCUUCUUAUUGAUUCAUUUACAACUUCAAGUUAAUAAAAAUUCAGGCACCAAAAACAACCAAAAUGUUCCUCAGCGUCUCUUUCUCUCCUCUAACCCUCCGAUGAGUCAUUUUCUCGAUCGGGAUCUGAACGUUGAGAGUAAUAAAUGACAUUUUUAAUCACGUGUUUCUCAUUUCCAAAGAGGUUUUAAGUACAUUUUAACAAUGCAAAGCAGUUCUUCGUUUCAAGCGUCUUCAUUUGUGAGUCUAAUGAAUGAAUUAAAACUGACUUUAUGAUCUUGACUUUUAGAUUUAUUAUUCAAAUGGAAGCUGCACAGGCUGGUCUGAAACCAAGACUGAGUUUAUUUUAAAUGAGGAAACAUGCAGGAGUCACUGUUUUCAGAUCCAAGUCAAAUAAUAAACAGUAAAACGUCCUGAAGUAGAGGGCUGCUUUAACUCACAUUUAUUCCUCUGUUUCACAUCAUGUAAUAAAUUAAUAUUAAAAAGUAGUUCAGCACAGCAGUAACAGAUUCAUUUUCUCUGAAACCCUGAGGUUCAGAGGUCAGGUAUAAUCUCACCAGAGUGACGCACAACCAUGAAAUACACAACUGUAUCUACAGGAUAAUCUGGGGAAUCAAAAUAUCUGAUUUAUAAGGAUGUCGGCUCAAGUCCUAAAGAGGUAAAACACAACAAACACAAAAGGAAAUUAAAACGAAAAUUAAUUCUCUGAAAUAAAACGUGUGACAGCCUCUGAUUUGGUUUUUGACACAGUGAACCCUCGACUUUACAAACGUGUGUUUUUAGCUCGAAUUAAGUUUCACCGAUCCAUAAAGAAUUUAUUUACAGAUUUAUUCGGUUAAAAAUUUUCUUAUUAGUGUGUAAACAUGAUUCAGUCUGCUGCUGAAACCCGACACCGAGCUGAAGAGGACUACAAUCAUGGCUGCCUAUUUGUAGUUUUUCUGUGCAGUCAGGGCAAAGUGAGGGGAAGUGUCCGUCUGUGGGUGGACCUCAUCUGGUCGUGAUUCAGGAGCGAGAAACAGCUAAACUACGGUGUUCUGGAGGGGACAAAAUAGCACAGGAUUAUUGCAUCUCAGUGAACAGGAAUAGUCAUGAUACAAAUCCAACAAAAUUCAGCAGAUUUUCCUUAAAUUUUGCAAAAUAAAGUAUAAAACUUAUUGAUUUAAAUAACAGUGAAAGUUCUCCACAUGUUAUCUGAACCCUAGUUUCCAGUUUUUUUUUUAAUGUUUAAUUUUAUUUAACCUUUAACUUAUAAAGGUGUAUUCUGUGUAAAAAAAGUUUCAUGUUUUCAAAUAUAUCUUUAAAAUUCACUUUUUUUGGUGUUUUCUUUCUUUGUAGACCUUCUGCAUCUUACAGCAGAGAGAGAAAGUCUCUUUUGACAACAUUUGAUCCUGGUAAUUGUAUAAAAGUGGAGUAUUUGAGUUUGGCUCUCACCCUGUCCCUCAGAGAGAUGAAAACGGACGUGAGAGUGUCGCUCCGUGUGCAGACUCGGUGCCGUUAAUGCUCAGCCUUAUUAGACCGGACACCGCUCAUAACUCUGCGUCUCUCAGCGAUGUUUAAUUCAUGUUCCUCCCAGUCUGACACAUUCAGCUUCAUCUCAGCGCAGACAAAGAGCAGCUGCUAAUGGGCUUUAUUCAGGGAGAGGGAUGGAAAUAAGACUCACCGCCGGACGAGAGAAAAGACGAACUCUGUCAAUGAGGUGAAAGACGACAUCUCUGACAGCUCCAAACACUGACUUACUGUCUGAUCACUCUCCGCGAUUUUUGAUUCAUCAGUUUAUUCAGUGUCGAGAUCUGAGAGGCCCAUUAGUCAGUAAUUAAAUACUUUUAGUUCCUCCCUGUGAAAGGGACUAAAAUAAUUGACUUUUAGGGCGGGUGUGAUACGAGAGUUUGCUUUUUAAAAUGAGUCAUAACUGUGGAAAGUUUCUGAGAGGAAUAACUGAACUUCUGAGCGAUCAGUGGAUCCAUUAGGUCUUAUUUAAAUAUCCAAUUACAGGCUGUUUUAACUGCUGUCUGAUUUUAACUCAAAGGUGUUCGAAUUAAAAUAAACUGAACUCUUUUAACUUCUGACCUUUUAAGAACUGAAAGAACCUGAAAUUAUUUAUUAACAUGGACAAAAAUCAUUUAUAUAAACCGACUCCUUGGGUGUCUUAAUGGGAUAUUCAGCAGCUGCUUGUUUGUAGAGAGACCUCAGGCCAGUCCAUCAUCUACUGAGGCGGGGUGCCGCAGCUCAAGGAAGAACAUUUAUGAUCAUUUCUUCAUGGAAAUACAAUCAGACCGAGACGCUAAGACAGAAGAACUACCGCGUCUGUAAAAUGAUCAAUAUGAUGAUUAUUACUUCAAGGAAAUGAUGAAGAAAUGAUCAUAAAUGUUCUUCCUUGAGCUGCGGCACCCCGCUGUAGUCUGUAAUGGACUGGCCUGAGGUCUCUCUACAAACAAGCGGCUGCUGGAAGAGAGUAGGUGAGUUGUGUUUAGUCUCUUUGCUAAAGAAAUGAGUCAAAGUUAAAAAGAUGUUUGGUGUCUAGUACUAUGUCUGUGACCCUAUAUGUACUAACCUCAGUAGAUCAUGGUGUAGUUCCGUUCAGUAACAGAACCUCAUUGGAAAAUUAUCUGAUUUAACUUAACUGUGCUCUUGUUCAUAUACAUUAACUCAACAGCACAUAAAUUCAUACCUGUUCACAAAAUCAUGAUUUUGUUGAUAAUUCGGCUCAAUAAAAACACCUUUACCUUUUCAUUUAGUCUCUUUGUUAAAGAAAUGAGUCAAAGUUAAAAAGAUGUUUGGUGUCUAGUACUAUGUCUGUGACCCUAUAUGUCCUGUUGAUGAAGUUAGGUGCUGUUCUGAACAUUAUUUGUGGCUAUAGAGUGGCGUUUUGGUUGGGGGCGUGGCUCUCUGUAUCUCUAUCCUGCGGUCGUUACUAAAGUUGGUAUAACUAGAGAAGCAAGCGGUCGACAACAUUCAUCUCUGGAGGGGGGGUCUAACUCGGUGUUACGGUGUGUUUGACCCUAAAUUGAUUUUAUGCCGGAAUAUCCCUUUAGUCACAGGAAAUAGUCCACGGUCUGGCCUUCUUACAUCCAGUGAUACGAUAAAGAUAAGGGGACCGAGCGUUGAACCCUGAGGGACACCAUGAGGCUGUUACAGAUCUUCAGUUCUGGUCCGUUCACAUUUCUCUACAUGUGAGCUGACAGGAUGUUUAUCGAAUGUCUGAGACACCGUCACUAUUCAAGAUCUGUAUCUUUUUAACUUAAAAUACCACAGCUUCCUGUUUCUCUCCUGUUUCUAAAACUUAUUAAAAUAAGUUAAAAGACGUUUAAACUUUAGACGUUAAAAACAAGUAUACAGUAAAAGCAGACGCAUAAUAAUGAUGAGUUUUUAGAAAAGAUCGAGCUGAUCUGCUCUGUCUGUUUCUGUUUUGUGAGGAGUCCGUAUAACGAGUUCUGGACUCGCUGUGGUUCCUGUCGGCUCUGCAGAGACAGACGAACUACAGAGAACUCCAGGAGUCCAGGGAGGAGAGGUGAAGGUGAGAACGACUGUUUCAGGGAGUUUCUAAACACAUUAAAACACGACUGAGUUUCUCCAGAUCACGAUUGUUCUCAAAAAUGAUUCUGAGAUUUUUGCAGAAGUUAGAAAUAUUUUCUCUAGAUGUUCAGUGAUGUGGGCGAUCAUGAUGACCUCUGUCUUGUUCAUGUUGUAGGAAGUUUUUAAGGUCAUUCAUACAGUUAGAAAGAGAGGAGAUGUGAUUAGGGUGUUCACGGCUAAACGAGAGGUACAGCUAAGUGUCAUCAGCGUAAAAGUGCAAAGAAAUGUCCACAGAUCACACGUCCAAGAGGCGACAUAGAAAUAAAAGAACGGAGAGGUCCCAGAACUGAUCCCUGAGGCACCCCACAGGACAAAUGAGCUCUGGAUGACUGUGUGUGUCCACUGGUAACACCUAAAGACCUCCCAGUUAACUAAGAAUAAAACCAUUUUAAAGCUGAACAAGAGAAACUGAAUCGGAGUUCAGAGAUGUGAUUUUUAAAGGUUUUUUUUCAAUCUGCAAAUAUUUAAAACCGACAAAUAUGUUUCUCCGUACAUGCACCUGCAGAAAGAGAUCUCUAUUUUUGAACAUUUCACAACCAAGAAUCAGAAAAGAUGAAAACUGGUGUCCUUGAACGCACCGCGAGUGUGUAAAAUCAACGGUGACACAGAUCGUAGAGCAACUUUAGAGGAAAUUCAUCUAAGGAUAGUUUCAGCGAGCGUGAAACUCACACACAGUCUGAGAGGUGAAGCUUAAAGUCAUUUAGAGCAGAAAUGUUUGUCUGCGACGGUUUCUGUCAAUAGCCGACAUUUUCCGUCUUCACAGGAAGUCCUUCGACUCAAACGGGUCAGGAUGACUCUGAGCCAGAAGCCGCCGUGGCUCCUUCACUCGAAUUUUGCUGACAUCUCAGUGAGAGUCUCUGGUUUUUAAAGUUGAAACACUCGCUCGUCUCUCUGAAUAUUUUAAAGAGGAAACUUCACAGGAGACGGAUGAAGGUGAGGGGCUGCUGCCACCCAGAUUAAACAGAAAGCAUUAAAACCGAGUUAACUCCGACUCUCUGCCUCCGCGCUCAGGUGUGAUGGUUUUAAUCCCGAGGACGGAUUUUACAGAUAGCUCUUCUUUGUCAGUUCCACUCUGCAGUCUUUAAACAGACUUGCAGUCAUAAAGUGCAUUAAAAAGAAAGUUUUAAUCAGCCUCAAACUUCUUCUUCUUCUUCAUCAGAGAGGAAACAGAGAGGUGAGUUGGAGAUAAAGCUGCUUUUUGAAAGGCUGCACCUUUAAAGAGUCUGUUAGUAAAAUCUCCAAAUGAGUCUCAGAGAAAGAGGCGAGAUGAUGAGGGACCACUCAGACGAUUAUCCUCCUCCUGACACCAACACGGCGAGACGCAUGACCUCUUUUUCACAACAUCAGUUACGUUCACAGGUCGUGGAAAGUUUCAGAAACAUCAUGGAAACGCUGACUGACCAACUUUCAGUGAAAAAGGCGAUCCAGAGACCUGCUGGAAAACCACGCCCCUAAAUACGCCAAACUCAGCAGGUCAAAAGGAACGAGUUACUGUAUAUCAAAAACACUGUGAUGAGUUUUAAUGAGCCGAGGAGACCAAACUCCUCAUCAGAUCUACUCCUAAAAAAACAACAGUUUAAAGUUUUUUGUUUUUAACCCAAAUUCACUUUUAUUUGUUGUUGUGAUGCGUCUGCAGAACACACGUGAACAGCUUCAUGACUGUUUUUGAAGAGUGAAGAAUACAACUUAAUAUUUACAUUUACAAACAAUAUCAUAAAGAAAGUGACUGAAAAGGCACAGGCAGGAGCAUAAGCUUAUAUUUUAGCCUGUCCUCUUUAUCAAAUGCACAUAUUAAGGUACCCAACAACAAUUUUUACGUACAAAAAAAAUACAAAAUAAAAUACUAAUUUCAUAAAAUCAUAGAACAAAUCAUAAAACGAACAUAUCCUCCUUUAAAAAAAAAUCAAGAAUAAAUCCUCAUAAAGAACCAAUAAUAGAAAAUAACAAGAACCUUUAGAGAAUCAUGAAGACUUAUAGCCCUCAAAGAUCGAACUGUAAACCAUCUUUUUGAAAAUCAGAAAUGUACGACACAUUCUUAAAUUAAUAUGAGCAUCAUUCCAAAGUGAAACCCCGACAACAGAUAUACAUCUUCUUUGAACCUCUUCUUUUGCCCUUGGUACAGUAAAUUUACAGACAUCUCUUAAAUCAUACUUUGUCUCUUGAGUUGAAACAAACCUUUGUAUACUGGAGUAAAUGUGAUUUAGCUUUAUACAUUAUUUGUUUUGUUUUAUAAUAUACCAGAUUAUUGAAUUUCAUAACAUGUGUUUUUUGCUCUCUACUUUGCGCUCACUCAUGCUGCUUCUCCUUUUUUCUUCUCACCGCUCUUCUUCUUGUUUCUGCUCCGUCAUCCUUCCCGAGGUGCAGAUGUUUGAAUCUGCAGAUUUAAAUGCACGGUCUGCUCCUUUAAAGCCUGGGAGCUCGCUCGCUCGCUCGCCCUGCUCUCCUCUCACUCUCUCCCACUCAUGAAUAAUAAAAAUCAGAGCUGAAUUAUUAAUGCAGAUUUUUGCACACAAUCUGCAGGGGCCAUUAUCCUGAUCUGUGAUGGAUCUCAUUUAAUUCUGACAGAUUAGACGGAUCCUCGCUCUGCCUCCAUUGAAGGGACCGACCUGAGAGCAGAUUACUCUCAGAUUAUCUGCCGCCGUCUUGAUUAGCGCCCGGCUCAAAGGUUACCAUCAGAUUUUUCCAUAUGAAUGAGGCUCAGGUUUGUUGUUCUCAAAGGGAGGAAAUGUCAGCUCCCCUGAUGGACGGAUUUGAGGUCCACCCUGAAGCCCCGCCCCCCCUCCAUCUGUGAAAGGUCGGGGUUCAGACGGCGAGGCUGGAUGAGCGCUCAGAUGCCCACUUAUCUUUUGAAAGCCCACAAACCAGGUAAUCCUCUUAUUUGACACCUGGAGCAGACGCUCAUUACUCGCAGCACUUUCUGCAGCCGAGCCUCCAAAUUUCAUGUCAGGACCAGUUUCCUUCUGUCGCCUUUUUACGAAAUAUGAAGCUGAGAGAAAAAAAAGAAAAAACAGCAUCAGGAGCAACACGAAAACAACGAAUAACCACCUCUGACUACAGCUUUGUGGAAAAAUCUCAUAUAUUCCACCACCGUCAUCAUCACCAUCCUCAUCUUUAUCAUCAUCAUCAUCAUCAUCACCUCAUCAUCAUGACAGUCGGCACCAUCCUCAUCAUCACCAUAACCGUCAUCAUCAACAUCAUCAUUACAUCACCAUCAUCAUCUUUAUCAUCAUCAUGACCAUCACCAUCCUCCUCAUCAUCGUAACCAUCAUAAUCAUCAUCAUCAUCAUCAUUAUAAUCAUCUUGACAAUCAUCAUCACUGUAACAACCAUCAUCAUCAUCAUCAUGUUUAUCAUCCUCAUCAUCAUCAUGACAGUCAUCACCAUCCUCAUCAUCAUGAUCAUCAUGACCCUCGUCAUCUUGAUCACUACUAUCAUCUCGAUCGUCAUCAUCACCAUCAUCAUUAUCAUAAUUAUCAUCAUCAUCACUAUCAUCAUCAUAACAUCAUCAACAUCAUAGUCAUCAGUCAUUACAAUCAUCCUCACCAUGAAAGUCAUCCUUGUCAUCAACUUCAUCAUCAUCAUCAUCAUCAUCAUUAUCAUCAUGACCAUUGUCAUCAUCAUCACUGUCAUCAGUAUCACAAUCAUUAUCAAUCACUAUUUUUAUCAUCAUCAUCAUCAUCAUCAUCAUCAUCAUCAUUAUCAUCAUCAUCAUCAUCUUCAUUGUCAUCAUUAUCAUCAUCAUCAUCAUCAUUAUCAUCAUCAUCAUCAUUAUCAUUAUCUUCAUCAUCAUCAUCAUCAUCAUCAUUAUCAUUAUCAUUAUCUUCAUCAUCAUCAUCACCAACAUCAUCAUCAUCACCAACAUCAUCAUCAUCAUUAUUUUAAUUAUAUCAUCAUCAUCAUCAUCUUCAUCAUCAUCAUCAUCAUCAUUAUUAUCAUCAUCAUCAUCAUUAUUAUCAUCAUGAUCAUCAUCAUAACCAUCAUCAUCAUCAUCAUCAUCAUCAUCAUCAUCAUCAUCAUCAUCAUCAUCAUCAUCAUCAUCAUCAUCAUCAUCAUUAUCAUUAUUAUCUUCAUCAUCAUCAUCACCAACAUCAUCAUCAUCACCAACAUCAUCAUCAUCAUCAUCAUCAUUAUUUUAAUUAUCAUCUUCAUCAUCACCAUCACCAUCAUCAUCAUCAUCAUCAUCAUCAUCAUCAUUAUUUUAAUUAUCAUCUUCAUCAUCACCAUCAUCAUCAUCAUCAUCAUCAUCAUCAUCAUCAUCAUUAUCAUUAUUAUCUUCAUCAUCAUCAUCACCAACAUUAUCAUCAUCACCAUCAUCAUCAUCACCAUCAUCAUCAUCAUCAUCAUCAUCAUUAUCAUUAUUAUCUUCAUCAUCAUCAUCACCAUCAUCAUCAUCAUCACCAUCAUCAUCAUCAUCAUCAUCAUCAUCAUCAUCAUCAUCAUUAUUUUAAUUAUCAUCUUCAUCAUCACCAUCACCAUCAUCAUCAUCAUCAUCAUCAUCAUCAUCAUCGUCAUCACCAUAACCAUCAUCUUCAUCAUCACCAUCAUUUUUAUCAUCUUCAUCUUCAUCAUCACCAUCAUCAUCAUCAUCAUCCUCACCAUUAAGUUCACUAAGUGCUGACCCGUUCACGAGGAGCUGGGUCUCAGAGUGUCUCAGAAGUAGAAGGGGACCGUUUGGAUCAGCUGUUUCAGUCAUUCUCGCUCUGAGGACCACAGAGAAGAAGAGCUGAACUGAAGUACAGAGGUGUUCUCUAAAGACCUGAGUCUGGAGCUUACAGGGACUUCAUGGGUCUCAUAGAUCAUUGGGGAAACUGCUGCAUUCUGGACCAUCUGCAGAGGUUUGACCGUGGAUGCAGAGAGGCCUGCCAGUAAGGAGCUGCAGCAGUCAAUGUGUGAUAUCAUGAGAGCCUGUUCCAGGGGCUGGGUUGUGUGCUCUGUCAGGUCGGGUCAGAUCCAGUCCUGACCAGUCUGCUUAUUUACACUUAAAUCUGUAAACCUAAGAUCAUUACCCUGUAGAUACUUGAACCCUUUUAUAUCUUCACUGAUAUUCUCUGUUCAACUUUGUUCAAACAUCAUGACUGUGAUGUCUACCAUCAUGCAGUUCUAGUAUUCUUCAAGAAUGACAGUCUCAGCGUUUUCGGGUUGAACCCAAAGUUCUGGACGGGUUAAUGCGAUGGUUGAUGACAGUGACAGAAACCCGUUCAUCUUUUAACUGUAACAGCAGCUGAAACGAUCCUUCAUUUCUCUUCAUUUUGAUCUUCCUCUGGUUUCUUCACUCUCUCUCCCUCAGUCUGAUACCUUCAGCCUCUCAGAGAUACUGACACCUGUUCACAGAUGUUCUCAGAGACUUUCUGUACUUUCUGGAAAAUCCAGCAGAGAUUUGAGCUGUUUUAUAUCCAGGGGGGGAUGUUGGGAGUAUUUUGGAGAUCCGCGCAGCUCCUCUGCCUCCUCUGACAUGUUAAUUGAUGCUUUUGGUGUUUUUAGCGCCUCUGUUCUCGGCUCUCUCCGGGGAGUUGCCUCCUCUCUGUGAUUUGCCGUGGGAGUUUAACAGCGGCUGUGAUCACACCGGCGCAGAUAAGACGAGAGCAACGCGCAACAAUCAGGCUCGCAGGGUGUCGGCUGAUUCGGCGAGGCCUUUUUUUUAGUUUCAGCGAGAGACUCGGAGGUGUAGAGAGAGAAACCGUUUCACCAAGAACCAAAACAUCUUUCAUCGCCUAAAUGCCUCUAAUUUCCCCGUGAAAAAGCGACUGUUGUUGCUUCAAACAGAAGAGUCUUUGGUGGGUUUAUUUAAUCCAUGUUCAGAGCUGCUGUUAUUUAUAGAGAAAUCGAUCCAGCGACCCGAACAUGAAGACUUCCUGCUCCUCUCUGUUUGAUAUCUUCAUACUCUGAACACUUCUGUUCCUAUUAAACACGUUUUGAUCCAGUUUGACCCCUUUACACACAGUUUCCUGACGUUAUAUCAGCGCCGCACCAAACUCUGUAACUCAUAGAAGGUUUUUAACAGGAAACAUGAUCAGCCUUAAAAUGAUCCACUCCUCCAGGGUGUGUUGACUGUCCAUCUCUGUUUUUGUUUUUUUUGUCUGCUGGGUCAGAUGGUUUUACUUAAAUGUGUGAUGAAUAUCAGUAACUGUUUCUUAAAGGUGCAGUCCGUAGAAUGAGGACAUUUAGCAACAUUUAGUGAUGGCCGUCGAGGACCAAGAGAUUUAUCUGAUGAUUACAUUUUUACGCUCAGUUCAGAGAUUAUGAUUUUUUUUAAUUGUUAUAGUAAACAGGCUGACAUUAGUCAAGUAAGUUUGACCCUGAUUUUAAAUUUGAGAAGCAGAUCAGCGGGGUGGUACAAAAAAGUUUUUAUCAGCUACGUCAAAUAGCGAAGGUGAAGCCCAUUUUAUCAAGACCUGACCUGGAAAAAUUAAUCCAUGCUUUUAUAACUACCCGUCUUGACUACUGUAACUCCUUGUACGUAGGGAUCAGCCAGGCUUCCCUUGCCCGCCUGCAGCUUGUGCAGAACUCUGCUGCACGUCUCCUGACACAGACCCGCAGGCGUGAGCACAUCACCCCCAUCCUGGCAUCCUUACACUGGCUCCCUGUUCAGUACAGAAUUCAUUUUAAGCUUUUAGUAUUUGUUUUUAAAGGCCUGAACAAUCUUGCUCCACCCUAUAUUUCGGAGAUGCUCCAGCCUUAUUGCCCACCCCGACCCCUAAGAUCAGCUGAUCAGCUUUUACUGAUGGUCCCCAGUACUAGGCUGAAGCUCAGAGGGGACAGAGCGUUUGCUGCUGCUGCCCCUAAGCUCUGGAAUGAGUUGCCCUUGAAAAUUAGACAGGCCUCCUCAUUUACUGUUUUUAAAUCCCUUUUAAAAACACACUUUUACUCAUUGGCUUUUAGUACAUUGUAGUGUUAAUUUGUUUUUUAUCAUCUUAGCACUUGCCGUGAGCCUGUUUAUUUAUUCACUUAUUUAUUCUUUUGCAUUAAUGUAUUUCUGCUCACUUUAUCUUGUUCUUUGCUUGUUUUAUUUGUUUUUAUGUGUCACUGUACAGCACUUUGGCUACCCUUGUGAUUCUUUUAAAUGUGCUAUAGAAAUAAAGUUGAUUGAUUGAUUGAUUGAAGUAAUACCAAACAAACACAAUGAGUCGUAGGUACAUCCAAGUGUUGGGGACACACAGACACACAAAAAGACUUUAAAAGUCAUUUUCCUACGACUCGUUGUCCUUUAACUAACCUCAGUCCUCAGAGUUCAUCAACCAUCAGCCUCAUAUUUCUGUUUUUAAGAAGGGGUACCACCCGUCUCGCCUCUCUGCCCGGUCUGUUCAGAGUCCUGAUCCUUAAAACAUCGCGGACACUUUAAUUAGACGCUCCGCAGUCCUCAUUUUGGUCCUCAGACAGCUGGCUGCUCACCCUGAACCAAAACUACCACUUUAUUCUCAGAGCGUGAUGAUUCUAUUCUCAGAAUAUUUUGACUUGAACACGACUUUAUUUUAGAAGGAGAAAGGUCUUCAGAAAUCUGAAUUCUUUAUGUGUCUCUGAUACAAAAAAACGUUAUCUUUAUUCAGCAUUACUUCACUGAUGCUAGCUUGUGUUACCGAAACAAAGAAGUGCAAGAAGAGAUGAUGAAGAGGUGUUUCGUUCUAGAAUCACACUGUCUAUUCUAGAAUCUCUCUGUAUUUUCGUUGUUGAAUCUCAUUGUGUCCAUUUCUAGACCCCCCAUGUGUUCGGAAUGGCUUCGGAGUUCUUCUUCAAAGAAAGACACUUUGGUGGUGGUGGAACGUGCAGAUUCACGUUCAAUCGGUCGAUAACGAGUUGUCUCUCUAACUCACAAUCAGACACAUGGAGGACAUAUACUGGGAGCAGUAGAUUGUGUCCUUGCCAGAGGAGGAAACUACUUCUUGGAUUCUAGAAUCAGCAUCUCGCUCAUCCUUCCGGUUAUUGGACGACCGCUCUACCUCCUGAGCUACUGCCGUCUAAAAACCUUUCACUUGUUUGUCGUUCGUGUUUUAUUUUGAAAAGAAGCCGGAUGUUUUAUUUUGUGUCUGUGCCCGACUUCCUUUCCAGCACGGGUUAAUCUGUGCUGAAUUUAUCCGCCAUGCUCCGGCGUCCAGAAAAAAUAGAACUCUUGUGAUCAGCUGAGGAGUCCGGCGAUCCGCAGAGGAACGGAAAGAAGUCGGUGUAAAUUGACACGUUAACUUGAAUGGUUACGAUCAGCUACGAUCGGAGGAUACGACCUUUUUGUCGCCAAGCCCGAUACCUCCGAAGUCAAGGCUUACUUUCACCAAAGUAUAAAGGUUGUCAUUAUUAUGUUUGUGUUUUUUUUUACGCGUAAUAGAAACAGGAUUAUGUUGAUCAGGAUCUGCUCAAAGGUAGAAUUAAACUGACAGGUUUGCUUAAACUUCAGCUUCAAAAAGAGCUUCAGGUGUGCAGAAGGAAUCAUCUGUUUGCUGAAGGUAAAUGGAAGUGGGUGUCACGGCUGUUCCCUCAGAUCAAGCCUGGAUUAAACGUCUCUUUUAAAAGGUUAAAUUAGAGCCCGAGCUGAGCCGGCGUGCAGAUGUUCCUCUUGACUCGAGCUGUAACGUGUGACGGCGUCGGAGGAUCAGUCAGAAAAGCAAACCUGGAGCUGGCUCUGCUUUAUCAGAGGAAAUCAUCAGCCUUUAAUAGUUUUUUAAUGAGUUUGUGGAAUGCACUCUGGCGACAGUCUAAUAAAGGACGAGCUCUGCAGAGACUCGGGCUGAAUAAUGUAUAAGGGCAGAGGUAGCGCUAAUGAAAAGAUGAUGAGAGGCAUUCCUGCGAGAGGGAGAGAGCGAGAGGAAAAAGGUGCCAGGAAAAAGUUGAAAGAGAGGCCCAAUUAAUCUUCAUGUGCUUACAGAAGAAAUUAAACAAAGGCGGGAAAAAGGACGAGCCGGAGAAUGGCAGUUUGAGGAGAAAAGAAAGCAGGAGAGUCGCAGAGCUGGAAGGGAGCGCCGAGGUGAACAAAGAGACUCGGAGAGAUUCGUUUUAAUGAUUUCAGCCGACGGAGGAAAAAGCAGGAAAAGACUCCUAAAGGAAAGUUACGUCAACUUAGAGGAGCUUUAAAACUUCCUCUGUGGGGUCAGAAAACUCACCUGUGUGAGGGAUGAGGAAGCAGGGAAGGAAGUGAGAAGGAAAGGUGUGAAUGAUGUUGAGGUCAAGAGAAAUAAAAGGGAUGACAGAGGUUUAAGGUACGAGGAGGAAGGAAGGAGAAUCAGGGAGGAGCUAUAGGAGUGAGGGAAGAGAAUAAGGAGGUAGGAGAGGGAAAGGGAGGAAGGAAGUAAAGGACAUAAAGAAGCUUGAAAGAACGCUAAUCUGCUCCGGGAACGUGUCCUCCUCCCCAACACUAGGGGGCGAUAUGGGUCUUUUCAGUGGCGCCGUUUCCGAACCUUUUUAAAAAAUGUCUCCGUUCCUCGUUUUAUGACCGUCCAUAUACUUUGAAAUGUCCAUUUCUGUCAGGACAGGAAGUAUAACGGCGCUCUCCUCGUCGUUCCAAAAGUGGAAAUUUUUCGUGCUUCAGCGAUGUCGCAGUUGCUUCUGAGUCAAAGUUCUUUAAAUGAUAGCCGGACUAAGGUGUUUCCAUGACCUUCAGUUGUCCGGUCUUAAUCGGAAUAACGCGAUAAUUCGGUUUUCUUGAGUUUUUACAUUUCCAGACCCGUUCAGAAAACCACAAGAACAUCAGUUUGUGUUUCAGGUUCAGACUGAAGGAAGUCGAAGUCUCAGCUUCAGUGUAAACGAGUGUUCACAGUGAAGCUUCAGUCUAAACGAGUGUUCACAGUGAAGCUGAGACUCCUCAGAUGAACAUAGACCAGGAAAUAUCGGCGUUUGUUCGCAGACUUAUCCAGAGGUAAAUGCCGCGACACUUUCUUCCACGACACUUCGUCUUCCUGAGUUUUUAUUGGACUUUAACGAUUAGAAAGGUUCAUUUUAGCUGUUAGGAUGGAGGAGGCAAGGAAGGACUCAAGGAGGUAGGAAAGUAAAGGAAAAGGAAGGCUGACCUUAUUUCUGUUCUCACAUUUCACAGCUGACUUCCUGACUUCAUACGAACAUCAGACAUUCGUUCAGCUCUCCUGGUCUGUAUCCUUCAUCGGUGAUCUCCUCUCAUUAAUUCUCUUCCUGUCGUCCGUCGGUCCGUCUGCCGCCAUAUCUGUGACGUCACACCCAUGUGACCUCCUCAUGAACAGGAAUCAAACACGCGUGAAGAAUCAGCCGCACGCUGCACCUGAGCCGCCUCCGAUGAACCCGGGUCAGACGUCAGGUCAGGAGGAGGCGAGUGUUUGAUCAGAGAGAGAGGGAGAGAGAGAGGGAGAGAGAGAGAGAGAGAGAGAGACAGGGAGAGAGAGAGAGGGAGGUGAAGCGAGAACAGGUGUGUGGGGGAAAGGAAAGGAAAAAGGAUAUAAGAAAGGAAACAAGGGCUAAAGGAGAAGUCGAAGGAAGUGAGAAAUGAACAUGAUGGAAACAUGAAUUACAAUAUUUUCUCUUUUUUUAUCCAUACAAAGAAAUAAGAGACGCUCAUCCGUCUGUAUAAACCAGUUCUGAUGUCAAAGGAUGCUAGGAAAGAAGGAUAGGAGAUAUGGGAAGGAGGUAGGAAGCCUGUGGAGUAAAGAGGACGACCAGGAAAGACAGACUGAGGAGCAUUAAGUCAAAACAGCGGAAAAUACUGAAAGUGUUCAAGCUGUCACCUAAUAAACAUACAGGGUGAAUUAAAAACAAUAAAUGGGAGUUACUACUGCCUCCAUACUGUAGGGGGCGCCAUGAGCCAACACCGAAUAUCUAGAUUCCACACCUGUUGACCAAACAAGCUGAUGAUUCACUUUUAUCAUACGUGUUAAAAAAAGAUGCAGAGUGAAGAUUGGAAAGACAGACGCUGUAUUUUGACUUCAUGUUUACAGGAAUAUUAACGACAACUGCGUAAAGUGAAAUGAUCAGUUACACACCGACAUAACGAGUUGUCUCUCUAAAGACAGACACAUAGACAUAUAAGCAGUAGAUUGUGUCCUUCCAGAGGAGGAAAUCUACUUCUAGACUUCUAGAAUCAGCAUCUCCUCAUCCAUGGUGUCAUCGGGGUGAAAUGACGUCUAAAAACCUUUCACUUGUUCGUCUCCACCGGAGUGUUUUAUUUUGAAAAGAAGCCGGAUGUUUUAUUUUGUGUCUGUGCCCGACUUCCUUUCCAGCACGGGUUAAUCUGUGCUGAAUUUAUCCGCCAUGCUCCGGCGUCCAGAAAAACUAGAACUCUUGUGAUCAGCUGAGGAGUCCGGCGAUCCGCAGAGGAACGGAAAGAAGUCGGUGUAAAUUGACACGUUAACUUGAAUGGUUACGAUCAGCUACGAUCGGAGGAUACGACCUUUUAGGAGACGAUCAGGAUGAAGGUGGAGAUUGUAAACAUAAUAACCAUAAUGACCUUGUCCUUAUAUUAAUUAUCCGUAAACCAGUUUUGAACAGGACUGCUGUCAUGCAUGAAAAAUGUGGGUCGGAUUGAACAUUGUCGGUUGGAAUCAUAAUAACUUCAUGUUUUAAAAGUCAACAUGAAAACUGUCUUUAAAUUGAAGUGUAGAAACACCGACUUUAGCUGAGGAUGUUUCCACACGUGGAGUCGACUGAACAGUGAAAAUUUAAGUCUGUGUUUUAAAGCAAAACAGAAAAUUAGUCUUUAUAUUUACACGAGACCUGCUCUGGUGAGGACUGUUAUCAUAAUCAGUAGAUCUGGAUCAGAAUGAACAUGACAAACAGGAAUCACACUAACGAAUGGUUUUUAGGCAAAACACUAAAAUUAUCCUCGUAUGGACACCGACUGAGGCAAGGUCGGUCAUCAUACACGAAAAAUAAAAUCAGAUUAAACAUCAAAAAUAAGUUUCAAACCCAAACAUCAAACUGGUCUGAAUAUUGACGCACAGACCCGCCUUUGGAGAGCUGUUUAUUGACAGGAGGAGCAUCAAUUACUGGUCAGGGUCCUGGAACUGAGUUUGUGCUGACAGGAGGAUGGGCUAGGAAGGUUAAAGGAGGAAGAAGAAGGAGUUAAGGAAAGGAAAUGAGGAUUCAGUUUUGAAAAAAGAAGGGACAGAGAGAUUUUGAGGGGACAUGGGAGGACGGGCGGGGGAGUGAAAAGGUUUCUCUGGAGGCCGAGUUAUAGACAGUUUGAUGAGUUUCAGACAGAGCCGCGUUGAUGGGCAGCAGUUUUUAACUUCACUUUGCUCCCUGUCUUUUUUAGGACGGUGAUUAAACUGUAAUGAAAGUGUGGCGAGCGGAGCGGUGGGAGGUCGGGGAGCGAGGAUUAACGCAGAGGUUAUCUCGCCCAGGUGGAAAGAUCACCUCUCAUUUCCAUAAACUGCCACUUACUGCGGGCACCGCCGUGCUCAGCCCCCUCUCGUACCUGCUCAUUUAUUCCUCCUCAUUCAGCUGCCAGGGGUCAGAGGUCGCGGUCCGAUAAGUCGCUGCGACCUCGGGGGUGGCGUUUGUUCGAGGUUCGCCAACUGACGAGCCUGAAUUACCGCAAAGGAGGAGGAAAAUAAAACAUGUGCUUAAUAUCUGUGCCGGGUCAAAGCACUUCAUUAAUGUGGUUUUUAAAAAAGUGGAUUAUUCAAAUAAAGUUUACAUCCACUGACUGAAAAUAUAAUCCUGAACUUCAGUCUGAACAGAUUUAAUUCUCUCCAUCAAACACGUUUCUUACUGACGUCAGAGUGUCUGAACCACAAAGUUCAUGAAGAUCGGCAAAGUUGAUCAUUUUAACUUUCUGUCUGAUCGAUAAGAUCUACUUUAUAAUAUCUCUGUUCGUGUAACAUGACCCGCGUCUAAACACUCACUUUUGAUUGGCCACACGUAGCUGGUGCAACCGGAAUAGAGCUGUGAGACGAUCGGCCGUAGAUGCGCUGGUCGAGCAUCGUUGUUGCUGAUCGUGUUUCCUCCUCCUCCUCCUCCUGAGGCGAUGUUUGGAAGUGUUUUUCACGCCGUCGCUCUAAGAUGGGAUUGUUUUGAGUUUAAUAAAGUCGCCGACCGACACCGAGACGGCUACGAUGCUGGUGGUGUGUGCUGAUGAAGUUUUAAGCCUCUGGAGAACUUUGACUUUUUCUAACAGGCUUUCAACAUUUUAUUAUCAUAAAACAGCAGCGUGGUCGGCUACAAUCUUAGUUUAAAUGAGUAAACAAGCAGUUAAAGGUGUGACUGAUAUGGAGUUUUUAUAACCAUGACGAAUAUCCUUCUGUCAAAUCUAGUUCAGUCGGCUAUAAAACACCUGUCGAAUUACUUUUGAUUAAAACGAGACGAAAAAUUGUAAAACUAACUUCACCGCCGUAUUUACAGGAAAAUAUAUCCAACCUGAAACUAACUUCACCGCCGUAUUUACAGGAAAAUAUAUCCAACCUGAAACUAACUUCACCGCUGUAUUUACAGGGAAAUAUAUCCAACCUAAAACUAACUUCACCGCUGUAUUUACAGGGAAAUAUAUCCAACCUGAAACUAACUUCACCGCCGUAUUUACAGGAAAAUAUAUCCAACCUAAAACUAACUUCACCGCUUUAUUUACAGGAAAAUAUAUCCAACCUGAAACUAACUUCACCGCUGUAUUUACAGGGAAAUAUAUCCAACCUGAAACUAACUUCACCGCCGUAUUUACAGGGAAAUAUAUCCAACCUGAAACUAACUUCACCGCUGUAUUUACAGGGAAAUAUAUCCAACCUGAAACUAACUUCACCGCCGUAUUUACAGGAAAAUAUAUCCAACCUAAAACUAACUUCACCGCUGUAUUUACAGGGAAAUAUAUCCAACCUGAAACUAACUUCACCGCCGUAUUUACAGGAAAAUAUAUCCAACCUAAAACUAACUUCACCGCUGUAUUUACAGGGAAAUAUAUCCAACCUAAAACUAACUUCACCGCUGUAUUUACAGGGAAAUAUAUCCAACCUGAAACUAACUUCACCGCCGUAUUUACAGGAAAAUAUAUCCAACCUGAAACUAACUUCACCGCCGUAUUUACAGGAAAAUAUAUCCAACCUAAAACUAACUUCACCGCCGUAUUUACAGGGAAAUAUAUCCAACCUAAAACUAACUUCACCGCCGUAUUUACAGGAAAAUAUAUCCAACCUGAAACUAACUUCACCGCCGUAUUUACAGGAAAAUAUAUCCAACCUAAAACUAACUUCACCGCCGUAUUUACAGGAAAAUAUAUCCAACCUGAAACUAACUUCACCGCCGUAUUUACAGGAAAAUAUAUCCAACCUAAAACUAACUUCACCGCCGUAUUUACAGGAAAAUAUAUCCAACCUAAAACUAACUUCACCGCCGUAUUUACAGGAAAAUAUAUCCAACCUGAAACUAACUUCACCGCUUUAUUUACAGGAAAAUAUAUCCAACCUGAAACUAACUUCACCGCCGUAUUUACAGGAAAAUAUAUCCAACCUAAAACUAACUUCACCGCCGUAUUUACAGGAAAAUAUAUCCAACCUAAAACUAACUUCACCGCCGUAUUUACAGGAAAAUAUAUCCAACCUGAAACUAACUUCACCGCUUUAUUUACAGGAAAAUAUAUCCAACCUGAAACUAACUUCACCGCCGUAUUUACAGGAAAAUAUAUCCAACCUAAAACUAACUUCACCGCCGUAUUUACAGGAAAAUAUAUCCAACCUGAAACUAACUUCACCUGAGUACAUUUUACAAUUCACACACAUCUAUUCUUAGUGAAACAGUCGCACUGUCUCUCCCUGUCUCUCCCUCCCUCUAUCAGUCUCAUUUCUGCCCCCUGCUGCUGAGUUUGUGAAGCACAAGGCCUUUUGGUUUUGGUAAAUGAAGAACUAUAUGAAGAUAUUUCUCUGUUUUUAAGGCGAUAUUUUUAACCGUCUUUGUAUUCGCUCUCGAGUUUGCCACGUUGGUCGUUAAUUCGGUUGUUUUUUAAUCAGUUGAAGCUGAAGCUACGAUGUAAAAUCUGGUGCCGUUUUUACAGAGUCAGACGGAGGCUAAAGUUAAAUUUUUUUUGUCAGAAUCUUUGUCCCAGAAAGUUAAAUUCUUUGUUCUCACAAAACCCAAUUAUUCUGCCAAAGUUUACACAGUCAUCCAAAUCCAUAAUUCCCCACAGGUGACGUCUGGAAACCUUCAGUUUCUUCAGAAAAACUCUGAAGUUCCAGAAACUCUCCUCUCAGGUAGCAGGUUAGCAGCAGCGUUAGCUUCAACACAAUGAAAGAGAUUAGCCUGAUGCUAAUUUCUCCCGCUGUCGUGAAUAUGAAGCGGCUCAGGUUUGAUAAAGACGUGGAGCAGCAGGUGGACUGAAGCAGUCUUUGGAUAAAUCCAGCUGGCUUUGUGUUAAUAUUGUUCUCUCUGACUUAUCCUCCAUCAUUUCUCCUCACUGAGGAAGAAGCAGUGGCCCCGGCGCCCAGGGCCCUCGCUGCCAUCUUUUAUUAUUUAUGAAUCUGAUUAAUAAUCCGCCGCCCUGCUGCAGGAGAGGCCGAGAUCCAUAAAAGCACCCAGAAGAGGAGCAGCGCUGGGGUGUAAUUCCACUUCAGCGCUGCAGAGAAGAAAAGGGGAGAAAUAAUCAUCUCCUGCACGCUUAAUGAGAAGAAAAGCAGAGAGCCAAAUCCCACACUCGGCUUGUUAAACUGAACUUUUUAUUGAGCUUUAAUUUGGAGCGAGCAGGGGGUUAAACGCUGCAGGGGGUUGAAGCGGAACAAGAAGAGAGUCCUGAAGAAGAGACGGCGCUGUUUUACAGGUCGAGGAAUAAAAAAAGACCAACAGACCGCCUUCGAAAAACAGCUGAGGGAGAAUCAGACCCGUUUACCAACAACACGGCAGAAAAAUCUGCUGUUUUCAACAUCCGUGGAAAUGUGUCUCUGUGGUUAAAGUGAACGCUUUGUCGAGCUCAUACUGUGCUGAUUUGUACGAGCGCUUUGAUGCCGAUUGGCUUCUUCAGCUUUUCAUCUCAGGAAGUCAGGUCCGACUUUUCCUACGAGCUCAUUUUUCUCUCUCCUGUUUCCUUGGUGUCUGAAAUACAUCAUUGAAUUAACGGAGAAAAUGUUUUUACAUUCACAAAGAUUUACAGGGUUGCCUUUAGGAAAUCUCGGGUUUGGUAUUUACUGUUGUCCGUCCGGCUCCUGUGGCCGGUGGUUUUUCAAAGGUGAUGACUGUGGACAGGUUAUGUUCAUGGAGGCUGUAGAGUCCCAGUGUUGGUGUUAUUCCAGAAGAAUAUUUUUAAAGGUCAAGCUGCCAAAGAGGCCUGUGGGAGCAGCACACACGUUCGGUGGGUUGAUGGAUAUUAACGUCCAUAAAUCCCUGUUUCCUAUAAGGUUAUGACCAUGUUUAAAAUGGUGAUAAAAACAGACUUUUAUGGUCUGAAAAUACUUAAAAUCAAAACCAGGAUUAGGUUUAUUAAGAGUCAACAUGGAAAAAAACCCUAAUGAUACAUUUCUGAGUCAAUAAUGAUCCUGUUUUUUUAAAGUAUCUGGGAAUUUACCUAAAGAACAACAACACAUUCAAAAGUCUGUGAAAACGUGCCACACAAAUGAUCAAUGAUAUAACAAUCAACCGAACGCACUCUUUCCAGAAUUCAAUGUUAUGAAACAUUAAAGGUUUGAUCAAAGUUACAAUUCUGAGAUCAAAGUCAGAACUCUGUGAUUAAAGAACUCCGAAAUAAGGGUCAGAAUUCUAAAAUCAAAGAAUUCUGUGUUUAAAGUUAAAAUUCUAAAAUCAAAGUGAGAAUUCUGAGAUCAAACGUAGAAUUAUGUGUUUAAAGUUAGAAUGCUGAGAUCAAAGUUAGAACUUUGUGAUUAAAGAACUCUGAAAUAAGAGAUAGAAUUCUGAAUUCAAAGUGAGAAUUCCGUGUUCAAAGUUAGAACUCUAAUAUCAAAGCCAGAAUUCUGAAUUCAAAGUUAGAAUUUUAAGAUCUAAGUUAGAAUUCUAAAAUCAAAGUUAGAAUUUUG